CUGCGCUGGCUGGAGGUGAAACUUUUCCAAGAGCCGCGCUGCGCCGUGCCGUGCCGUGCCGCGCUCCGUGCCGUGCCGUGCCGCGCCGCGCUCCGUGCGUCCCGCUGCAGAUGGGAUUCCACGUGUUUGGAGCCGCUUUUCCUCGCUGAGAACAAAGUUGAGGCGCUUUGGGGAGAAGAAGGAGUGAAGCAGGAGAGGAGCGAUCCGGCGACCUCAAUCAGCCAUGGACACCUCGUCACCAAGAGCCGCGGACAAAAAGGACAAAAUGGACUGCAGCAGUUUCAGCGACCUCCCAAAGAAACCCUCAACCUCGGAGACCAGAGCCCCACAACACCUCUUCCCCACCUUCCACACGCCGAUCCCGAUUGACAUUCGCCAUCACGAAGGACGGUACCACUACGAGCCUCAUGCUCUUCAUACCAUGCACAGCCCGGCAGGACUGACGGCCAGCCCCGUCAUCUCAGACAUCUCCUUGAUUCGCCUUUCGCCCGCUUCCAUGGCAGCCAGUGAGUCUCCGUUCAACCCGCCUCACCCGUAUGUCUCGCCCCACAUGGAGCACUACCUACGCUCCGUGCACGGCAGCCCCACCCUGUCCAUGAUCUCCGCGGCCAGAGGACUCAGCCCGGCAGACUUGGCUCAUGAACAUCUGAAAGAGCGGGGCCUGUUUGGUCUUCCUCCACCUCCACCUCCUCCUCCUCCAGGAGCCAGCGCGGCGGAGUACUACCAUCUGAUGACCAGCCACCGCAGCCCCUACGGCGAGCUGCUCAUGCAGGGGCCCGGGGCCGUGCCUGGGGCCCACCUGUCUGACUACAUCACUCCCAUUGACGUGUCACGGUUCUCCAGUCCCAGACUGACGCCCAGACUCAGCAGGAAAAGGGCAUUGUCCAUCUCGCCACUGUCUGAUGCCAGCAUCGACCUCCAGACCAUGAUCAGGACCUCGCCCAACUCCUUGGUGGCGUACAUCAACAACUCACGAUCCAGCUCAGCUGCCAGCAGCUCUUACGGACACCUGUCAGUUGGGGGACUCAGCCCGUCAUUUCCCUUCCCUCAUCCCAUCAACUCCAUGGCCUACCAGCAGCUCCUGUCCCAGCAGCGGGGCCUCAGCGCCUUUGGUCACAAUCCGCCCCUCAUACACCCUCCACCUACUUUCUCCAGUCGCCAGUCAGGCCUCAGCCUCUCCUCCCUGCCCACUUCCACCCACAACAAUGAUGUGUCAUCCAAGAAUCACGGAGGAGACUCUGCUGUCAGCAGCACGGUGGAUCCCAUCAACAAACGGUCCAAAGUGAAGGCGGAGUCGGAUGGACUGAAGCCCGGAUCUCCUCUGUCACCGAACCAUUACAGCAGCGUGCCUGAUCUGAAGGAGGACUUGGACCGAGACGAGUGCAAGCAGGAACCCGAGGCCGUUUAUGAGACCAACUGUCACUGGGAAGGCUGCAGCAAGGAGUACGAUACCCAGGAGCAGCUGGUGCAUCACAUCAAUAAUGACCACAUCCAUGGAGAGAAGAAGGAGUUUGUGUGCCGCUGGGAGGACUGUUCACGGGAGCAGAAGCCCUUCAAAGCUCAGUACAUGCUGGUGGUUCACAUGCGCCGACACACGGGGGAGAAGCCACACAAGUGCACGUUCGAGGGCUGCUCCAAGGCCUACUCCCGCCUGGAGAACCUGAAGACCCAUUUGCGCUCUCACACCGGUGAGAAACCAUAUGUCUGCGAGCAUGAAGGAUGCAACAAGGCAUUCUCCAACGCCUCGGACCGAGCCAAGCACCAGAACCGGACGCACUCCAAUGAGAAACCUUAUGUCUGCAAGAUCCCCGGCUGCACCAAACGCUACACGGACCCCAGCUCUCUCAGGAAACACGUAAAAACGGUUCAUGGCCCAGAGGCCCACGUCACCAAGAAGCAGCGCAGCGACCUGCCGCCCAGGCCGCCAGCACCCAAGGAGAAUGGCGAGAAUGAGAAAGGUGGUAGGCUCCACAGGGAGGACAAGCUGUCAGAGAGCAGCUCCCCCAGAGUCACGGAAGACUACCUGCACGUGAAAUCCAUCAAGACAGAAAACUCUGUGAUGUAUCAGUCCAGUCCUGGCGGUCAGUCAUCAUGUAGCAGCGAACCAUCACCGCUUGGCACCAACAAUGACAGUGGAGUAGAAACGGCGGCGCACAGUGGGGGAAGCCUGGGGGACCUCAGCGCCCUGGAUGACCUGCCGUUCGUGGACUCUGUGGGCUUUGAGGAUUCCUCCGGCGGGGUCGCAGUGGUAGGCCUCCAUCUUAGAAAGCAUCUGAGCACCAGCCAGUGCCUGGAGAACCUCAAGAAGGAGAAGCUGAAGGCAGUAAGGGACUCGUGUCAGUGGGCCAACAAUCCAACACCCCCUUUUCAUCAAGCCAUCACGCUACCGCCCAUACCGACAAGCGGGUCCCUCCUGGAAAAUUCAAGUAUGUGUGGAGAUCCAGCCUCGUUCCCUGGCUCUGGCUUAGGUCAGCUGAGCUCUGGCAAAAUGACUCUGUUGGGAAACCUUUUAGAGCGCCGGGACAGCACCUCCAGCACCUUAAGCUCGGUCUAUACUCUCAGCCGCCGCUCCUCAGGCAUCUCUCCUGGUUUCUCCAGUCGACGCUCGAGCCAAACAUCUCAGUUUGGUGCCAACCGCCCAACAAACAUCAGCUCAGCUGACUCCUACGAUCCCAUCUCUGCUGAUAUUUCUCGUCGUUCCAGUCAGACCAGUCAGUUUGGGGGGAAUAACAGUGGACCAGGAGGUGGCGGGCUUGGCCAUCUCAGCCCUUUCAGCCUGACCCCAGCCCAGCACUACAGACUGAAGGCAAAAUAUGCUGCUGCAACUGGUGGUGCACCUCCUACCCCUCUUCCAUUCAUGGAUCAAUCAUGUCUGAAGGAUUUCAAUGAAUGCUCUUCUAAAAACAGCCUGCGAUCCAUGCAGUUUAGCCACGAUCAGAGCUUAAUGCCCCAUGAAGUUCCUUCCAACAUUCCCCGUCGAGCCAGUGACCCUGUGCGACCUUUAGAUCCUCUCAGCCAGUCACACAUGCAGCGCUACAACAGCAUGGUCACGCUCAACAGAAGGGUCUCCAUGCAGCCCCAUCCUCCUCCUGCAACAGAUCGCAGACUCUUAUCCCAGCAAGGAUGCGUACAACCGAAUGGCAGUCCCCAUUGCUACCCCUACAACCUACAACCGCUAAGCAUUUCAGAGAAUAUCACCAUGGAAACAAGAAGCUGCAACAGAAAUCCAUCUAGUCGGGAAGAUUUUCAAGGAGCCUCUGGUGUCCAGCAGCAGCUGUACCACCAGAGAAGGAUGGAUGUGGUGAACCUGAGUCCGGGGCAGCACCAACACAUGGGUCCAUCCUCACCACACAGCAGUGCUGCUAAUGCACAGUGGAAGAAAGUUCCCUCAGGCUUCAUGGGUGCCACCCAACAGUCCUCCAAACUACAAGGAAAUGGGAAUUUGUCUGUCAUCCAGCAGAAUCAGAACGCCGGAUCUUUCAGUGUGACCUCCAAUCAGCAGAUGGUCCAAAACUUCAACCACAGAUGCAUGCUCAGUUCUGAAGCAGGAGAGGCCCUCUUCCAGCAGUCUUCUAAUCUCAGUGAAGCUGCUAGCCCUCAGUACGGGUUCAAUCAAGGUUCCUUUGAUAGGAACGGCAACACCCCGUACCCACCCUGUGGUACCAGGCCUGCAGCCAAUGGGAACAUGCUGCGCUGUAAAGAAGAGACGGCUGACAUGGACUUUAAUCAGUUCCAGCCUGUGCAGAUAAAAACUGAGAACUGUGAUGCAUCAACCAUGAUGUUAGACCAGCAGAAUAUGGCUUGCCAGAAUCGUUUCCAAACUGGGAAUCAGAGCCAUCUCCAGCUAAGACCACCAACAGAACCUAAAUCUCCAAACCUCUCGAGCCCAAAGCUGAUGCAGCAGUCAGAUGAAUCCCAACUAUCUCCUAGCAAGGUCCCAGGGCUUCCUUACAUGUCUGAUGACAAUUCUCUGUUCUACACGGGCCAGAUUCAAGUCCUGGAGCCUAAUGGGAACUUGGACUGUCAUGUUUCCCUUUUGGUGAGCUCACCUUCAUCUGCUCCAAACUCAGCUGACCCAUUAAGUAGGACUGCAGCAGCAGAGCAUGCUCAGAUAGACUUUGAUAGUAUGCUUGAUGAUGGAGAUCAUUCCAGCCUGAUGUCAGGAAAUCUAAGCCCAGGACUGCUUCAGAGUUUUUCCCCGAAUUCAUCUCGUCUUACGACGCCCAGGAACUCGGUGACGCUGCCCACGGUGCCGGCAGGGACGGGGAACAUGGCCAUUGGGGACAUGAGCUCGCUGCUGACCGCUCUGGCCGAGGAGAACAAGUUCCUCAACUUGAUUACUUAACCAACAAAAACUGCUUACCCUGCACAUGAUCUCCAUUUAAACUGUGGACUAAAAACUGUGCGUUGAAAUCAUCUGUAGCAUCUGACUCUUGUGUUCUUGUGCAGUUCAGGUGUAAAUUAUUUGCUAUUUUUCACCGAAAGCCAUACUUGUGUUCCUUGCCUUACGAUGUGAAUAUGAUGUAAAAAGAGUCAUGUUGAAGAGUCGUGGAGCAAGAUCUUUCUAAGUGCCUGUUGGUGGACACUCAGCCAGGUGUAUUUCUGAGCUCGGACUGCAUCAUGACCCGUUCAGAGGAGAUCACGGGUCAGUAAUGAUGUAUCAGAAUCUGCAGCCACCUUCAGCAGCGUGGCGGGAUGUUUCUUCCAGAUUAACUGUGACCAGUCAGCCUGAUCUGUGGCUGGAAUUAGAACCGUGCUUCCAGCAGCAAGAACAGGACUUCUCAAAUUGGACCUGAAUAUAAAGUGUCGUUAGACCCAAGCUCUUUUUCUUGUAUAUUGUUCCUGUUUUCCUUUGUAAAUAGAAUUUGUACAUUUUUUAAUAAACAUAAGAAUUAUGGAUUUUUUUAA